GGGUUCCCUGUGUUCAAUCGCCGAGCAGAAAGCCAGGAACAUAACUCAGGCGUUGGCGAUUGGCAUCUCCCUCCCCUGAGCCAUGGCCACCGGGCGGCCCGUACGACUCGUGCUGGAUGCCUCCCUCCUCCUCGACCCCUCCUCCACCAGGGAGGCGGCGGCGGCGGCUCUGCGGCCCGGGGUAGAGGAGCUGCGGCGGCGGUUGCGCUACUCCAACCUCACCGUGGCAAUCUGCUAUGCAGAGGGCAUGCCAACUAAUGAGGAACUAUGUGACUCAUCUGUUCUGGUGAUUGGAUAUAUAAUGAAAAAAUCCCGUGAGGAAGACUUCGCAAGGGCAAGUUACUUUAGAGUUUAGAGUGUAAAUGAAUAUUAACAGCUACUUAUGUAUUGGGUAACAACAUGAACAUCAUGCUUUUUCAUCUUGCUUACUUACGGAGAUGUGGUUCUGUCACUUCUGUGACCGUUGCCGUGUACGGAGACGAGGACAAUCCAGCGCUUAUAAUGUUUACAGAGAUGUGGUUAUGUGACCGUUGCCGUGUACUCAGGCUUUAUUUCAACAGGAUUUAAAUAUGAGAUGUAGAGUGAUUGAUGUACAUCACUUCACUAAUCAUGAAAUCUGUAGAAGGCGAAACUACUAGCCAUAUAUGAUAUGCAUAAUCCGUGUGGUAAACAUUAUCAAUAUCACACAAAUUUUAUU